AUGCCUGAUCGGGAAGUGCCCGCCGGAAGCGGUUUCUUGCCCCUGCAGUUUCCUUCGGCUUUCGCCGCGUUCCACGCGACCACUGCGCAGGCGCCGCCGGGCACGAUGCAUCACGCGACGCACUACCACCACCAUGCGCAUGAAAAAAGGGAUCGAAGGCAUGGACAGGAAGCCAUCAAAGGAAUUGAGACAUUGACAAUGUUAGAACUCCAACAAAUGGCCGCACUGUUCAAAGGAUCGCUGAUGUGUGGUUGUGCGCUUGACUGGAGUGAUUAA